AUGCCGCCCUCUCAGUUGAAGCAGCUCAAAGCUUCUCUUCGAGACAGCGGAGUCAUCCGACAGCAGCAGUCACAAAAGCAACGCCGUCAAGAUGAGAAGGACGGCGGCGCCAAGGCACGGCAAUCUCGCAUUCAGCGAAAUGCAGCCCUGGCAAAGAUUCGAGAACAGUUCAAUCCGUUUGAGAUAAAGGCGCCGUCACGGAAUGCGAAGUUCGAUGUUACCACGAGAGAUGGCUCGUCAAAGGCGGGAAAUUAUGCUAGACCGGGUGUUACGAAGUCUUUGGGAGAGGAGAGGAGACGAGAGACUCUACUCAAAGAAUUACAUUCGCGCAACAAGACCGGCGGCAUUAUGGACAGACGAUUCGGUGAAAACGAUCCUUCAAUGACACCGGAAGAAAGAGCAGCGGAACGAUUUGCCCGCGAAAGCCAGAGGAAAAUGCGGAAAGAAAAUAUGUUCAAUUUGGAGGAAGAAGAUGAAGAAGGACUAGAGUUGACACACGGUGGACGGUCGUUGUCGUUUGGCGAUGCUAUCAAUCUCAACGGCGACGAUUUUGCCGAAAAUGAUAUCAGCGGCGCAGAAUCUUCAGACGAUGAAGAGGCGAGUCGAAAGCGGAAACGCGCUUUAGCUGCUGAGGACGAAGUCGAUGAUAUGGACGGGAUGGCCUCUGAGGAUGACGAAGCGGAGGACGAAACCGAGCCGCUGCGAAAAAAGACCAAAGCCGAGGUCAUGAAGGAGGUCAUCGCCAAGUCCAAACUCUACAAAUACGAAAGACAAAAGGCAAAAGAAGACGAUGAUGACUUGCGAGCGGAGCUUGACAAAGGUCUACCGGAGAUUUUUGAUCUCAUGCGUGGUGUCAAACCACCGCCGAAGGAGCCCGAGCCUCCAAGGGAGGAUGCUGCGAUAAUGAACCCGGAUCGUGCUGCUCUGUUGAAUGGCAAAGAUAGGGUAGAGGCGGAUGUUGAAUAUGACAAGCGACUGAAGCAGAUGGCUUUUGACAAGAGAUCAGCGCCUACGGAUCGCACAAAGACUGAAGAGGAGAAAGCACAGGAAGAAGCCGAGAGGCUGAAACGGCUGGAACUAGAGAGACUGCGACGUAUGCGCGGUGACGAAGAUAGCGAGUCCGAGGCUGGAGGAGUCGAAGAUGAACAAAUGGAAGACGAAGGUGCUGAUUUCAUACCUGAUGAUGCCAAGGCGUUUGGCUUGACUUCAGCAGUUGAAAAUGAAGCUCGCCGCGAGCUCGAUGUUGAAGAUGAGGAUGAUUUCAUAAUUGAUGACGACCUUGUCGAUAUGGAAUCAGAUGAAAAUCUUUCAUUUGUUGAAAGUGAUUCCGAUAUGGAAUCAGAGCUGGAGAGCGAGGAUGAGGGGCUCAUGGAUGAUGAAUUUUCAAAAUCGCUCAACAACUUGGUUGGAAUGGAGUCUGGUAGCAAGAACGUGCCAACUGGAACGACCGAUGAUGGACUGGCAUAUACGUAUCCCUGCCCUCAGAGUCACGACGAGUUUCUCGCCAUCUUGAAAGACGUAGCUGCAAAAGAUAUUCCAGUGAUUGUGCAGAGAAUUCGAGCUUUGUAUCACCCCCGACUACACAGCGACAACAAGUCAAAAUUAAGUGUCUUUUCAAAAGUCUUGGUAGAUCAUGUUGUCUUUAUGGCGAAUCAAACUGGUUCGACUUCAUUCAAUAUCAUCGAAAAUCUCCUCCGACAUGUCCAUUCGAUGGCCAAGACGAACAGCGAACCCGUGGCUCAUGCUUUCCGAGAUCAUCUCCGCAAGAUGGCAGUCGAGCGGCCGUUAGCUUUACUUCCGGGUGAUUUGGUCCUAUUGACAGGAGUGAUGACAGUUUUUCCGACGUCGGAUCACUUCCACCCAGUUGUCACUCCGGCGAAUUUGUGCAUUGCGCGAUAUCUCGGCCAGAGCACUGUUGGUAGCACAGCUGAUCUGGCAACAGGAGCAUACCUUUCUGCGCUGUCUUUGGAAUAUCAAACUCUCGCAAAGCGAUAUAUGCCUGAGUUUAUGAACUACUGUCUGAAUGCAUUGUGUCUUCUUUCGCCGACGUUAAUCACCCAACAAGUAGGAUUUGUCUUGUUGCGCGACUCGAAGGAAUCACUACGACUUGACCCUUCGUCGAUCAACAGUAAGAUUCGCAAAAUUGGAUUCUGGGACGUCGUCUCGGACGACGCAAAAACAUCAUCCUCGGACUUGAAGCUCAGCCUACUCAGCACCUUUGUGUCCUUGCUAGACGCAGCCGCCGACCUCUGGGCCGACAAAUCCGCCUACAUCGAGAUCUUUGCAUCCAGCAAAACCAUCCUCCAACAUCUCAGGAAAUCUUUGUCCAAAUCCUCCUCAUCCCCACUAGUCACCCAACUCACCUCCACCCUCCAAAAACUCAAGUCACAUCUGGCUGCAUCCCAACACACGCGCCGCCCAUUACUCCUCCACAACCACCGACCCUUAGCCAUCAAACAAUCCAUCCCCAAAUUCGAAGAAGACUUCAAUCCGGACAAACACUACGACCCGAACCGCGAGCGCGCCGAAAUGGCAAAACUCAAAGCAGAGCACAAACGCGAACGCAAGGGCGCAAUGCGCGAAUUGCGCAAGGAUGCAAACUUUGUGGCGCGCGAACAGCUCAAGGAGAAGAAGGAGAAGGAUGCGGCGUACGAGAAGAAGUACCGACGACUUAUUGCGGAGAUUCAGGGUGAGGAGGGGCGGGAGGCGAAGGCUUAUGAGAGGGAGAAGAAGUUUAGACAGGGGAAGAAAUAG